AUGGCGCCAAAAAACUUGUUGUGGAUGUUACGAGAGGCUGCUGAGAAGGGUGCCAAUAGAGGACUUACCCUCGAAUAUGACAAUCCGCGAGCGGCUAAGAGCAUUUCCCUCGUCACAUACGCUACACUAUACAAAAAGUCGCUUGUAAGAGGACACACUUUGUCUUCAAGUGCUGCUUUGACCAGAAACUCGAUUGUGCUUCUCCAUACAUCUGAUCAUGAGGAGAGCAUUUCCUGGUUUUGGGCUAUUGUCGCUGCGGGGGGAGUGCCUUGUAUUUUGACUCAAGUAUUGAAUCUCGAUGAACGAAAGUCCUAUAUCCGCUCUUUGCUCAAGCUUCUUGGGAAUCCACUCAUUAUCACGAAUAGUGAGCUGAUCACCCAAUUAUCGGAUAUUCCUCAAGUCCGCAUUUUUGCUACUGAAAAGAUCGAUGCUCAUUUACGUCCUCUCACCAAUGAAUUCAGCAAAGGUCUUCUCAAGGAAGCUUCCGAUCUCGCGAUCUUAAUGUUGACUGGUGACAUGAAAGCCAUGCAUAUUACACACGAAAACGUAAUGGCUUCUCUGGACGCAAAGAUCCAACUACAUUCGACAACAUCGCGGGAUAUUUUCCUCAAUUUGAAUACUUUGGAUCAUAUUGCCAACCUCUUUGACACUCAUUUACAUGCUACUCGACUUACAGCUUCUCAAGUACAUGUUUCGCAGACAUUGCUACUUACGCCAUCGAAACUACUCGAUAAACUAAGUUAUUACAAAGCUUCAUACACCUUUGCACCCAACUUCUUUAUUUGGGAUAUUUGUCAAGAAUUUGAAGCGGAAGUCAAGACACAUCAAGCCACGGAUAAGGACAACUUUAGCAAGCGCUUCGAUUUAUCAUGCCUGAAAGGAUUCUUCUCAGGAUGCGAUAAAAUCAAUAUCACGGAGACCUGUGUUCGUUUUACGGCCUUAUUACAAAAGUUUGGCGCUCCAAAAUCCUUCCUUCGACCGUCAUUAGCUUUCCCGGGGACUUGUGGUGGAGCUCUCUAUAGCUUUGAUUGCCCUGCGUCAGAUAUCAAAAAUAGGAAACAAUGGUGCUCAGUUGGAUUCCCGACAAGUGCAGUGAGUGUUAGAGUUGUGGCUGAUGGCGGCGGUGCUAUCGAAAAAAACGAAACCGGCCAUUUAGAGCUAUCUGGACCAGCAGUAUUUUCAAGAUAUUUCAAUGACAUAGCUGCUACGGUGAAAGCAUUCAGUAGGGACGGAUGGUACAAGACUGGUGAAAUGGGCUAUUUUGACAACAGUGGCGCUCUCUAUGUAAGUCAUCUUACCAUAAAUUAUCGCAAGGAAUUGAAAUUCGUCUUAACUAAGAGAAGCAUCCCGGUGUUUCAAAACAAGUAAUUCUGCUCACUUACGGGAUGCUAUUUCGAGACUUUUAGCCACAACAUCAUUAUCUUCCAUGCAAUCAACUAAAGCUGACCUCGGUUUCUUGAUCUUAGAUUACGGGGCGACAUGAUGAUUAUAUGCGUAUUAAUGGGUAAGCCUCUCUACUUCUUGCGAACGCAAUGCAAUUUUUAAUAUGAAUAGAAUGAAACUUUCUCCAGUAGCUAUUGAGAAUGCCAUCUUGUCAACGAAAAUUUACGGUAUCAUGUCUUCUCGUCUUAUUGCAUUCCCGCAUCGUCAAUCCGACUUUAACACUGAUUCAAUUUACAUCGUCUAUCGACCAAUUUUUAAUGCAGCCGUCGACACGAACCUUCGACUUACAACGUCGGCCGCCAUUUCACAGGCCGUUAUUCGAUUUUUUGGGGUCCGACCAUGCAAAGUCAUCCCAAUAGAAGAGCACCAGCUUCAACGCACCGCUAUAGGAAAACUCUCUCGUCCCAAAACCCGCUUAGCUUUCGAGAAAGGAGCCUAUACUACCUGCAAAAGCGCAGAUAUGAAUCUGGCAAAUUCAAUCAAGAUGCAAUUUCAACUGGGAAUCAAGAACGAGUUCGGAGCGACACACUUGGAACAAACCAUUCUCGGGAUCUUUCUAGAUGUUUUUCCACCAGGUAGCUCGAUGUUAUCUAUCAAGCCGACCAACGAGCUUCUGGACCCUGGUACACCACUUUUUGACCUGGGACUUACAUCCUUUGAAAUUAUGAAGUUCAAGUUUGCGCUACAGACUCGAUUGAAGAUGCCUGAUUUUUCUGUCCGGACGUUGUUUGCGAAUCCGACAGUCAGGGAACUUGCAAAUUGUAUCAGUACAGGGGAUUAUGUGUAUUCUCCUGUUGCCACGCUUCGGUUGACGGGGGAGAAGACUCCGCUUUGGUUUGUGCAUGAUGAGUUGGGUGAUGUUUAUUCCUUUAUUGGUUUAGCGAGAUUAAUGUGAGUUUUAACCCCAAACGAUGACAUUCGUCCACUCCCUCCCUGUAAGGGCUGGCAAGCUCAUUGGUACAAGACCACAUACUAACACAUCCCACAGCACCAACCGACCAAUCCACAUCCUCCACCUCAACCUCAACCCCAACCCCAACAGCCCCUUCCCCCCUCUGCCUGCCCUUUUAACAACUUACCACAAAGCUCUCACGUCCAUCCAACCGCACGGCCCAUAUGCUCUGACCGGUCUCUCCUCGGGCUCUAUCCUCGCUUACGAACUAUCCAAGCGCCUCAAGAACGUCCAAUUCCUUGCCUUUAUUUCUCCUCCUCUUCCGCCUCGCCCGCCGCUCGCUACUGAUAUCGUCGGCAAACAAGAUUACGCACAUAAACUAUGUCACAUCGCAACCUCCUUCGGUCUCCUCACCCCCGAAAACGUGAAAGCCAUUUUGAAUAAACUACAUCCUCCGAUCCAAGACCCAGAAAGCGUGUGUUUAGAUGAAGUUAUCAAGGCCGCGGGUGCUGAGGCGAUGAAGGAAGUUGGUGUUGAUGGACCAGCUCUUCAUCUGUGGGCGAGCACUAGUUCGAGUCUCCAACAAGUUAUGAGGAAGUGGAGCAUUGAGGGGAAAGUCAAGGAAUUGGAUGUUUUUACCGUUCCUGAUGGGGGAUUGGGCAAGUGGAAGGGGUUUGUUGAUGGAGAGUGUCGGUUUUGGAAGGUUGGUGGUGAUGGUGGUAGUAGGGGGAGGGAGAUUAUUCAAGGGGGUGGGAUGAAGGAGUUUGUGGGGGUUUUGGGGGAGGCGAUGGGGAGGAGGGGGGUCUGA